AUGGGAGAAACAGAAGGCCAAUAUCAUGCUUGCCAUGCCGGAACCGGAACAUGCGGAAAUUGCGUCAAUCGUGGGGAAAUUACCGCCUGCUGCUAUGUGUCACGCAAGGCUGAGUCGCGCACAAAGCUGUGGGAAUCUUCAGACCUGUCCGAGACCGCUCAGGGCAGGAUUGAUCACUUGGAGCACUUAGUACUCACACUCUUGAAGAACCAUCAACAUCCCCAGGGGCAGACCAACACGCUUUCAGGCUGUACUGACGCCGAAAAUCACGACAAAGCAGCUAUGGACAAUGGUGACCCCGAGAACCAUGGAGGUAACGACAAGAGAACGACGACAAGUCUCGUCAGAUCGAGUACCGCAAUCGAGAUUGGUGCCGACUACAGGCAAUGUCUCUCCGUGGACGAGGCACAUUGGGCUUUACUGCUAAACGAGAUUGGCGAAGUUCGUUCGCAUUUACGUGCGCAGCACAGACAGUACGAGGAGCAGACGAAGAAAAUGGCCCAAAUCCUUCGCCGGUCGUCUGAUGAUCCCGGCCCGACUCUGCUGUUUGGGUCCGCGAAGAACGUGAGCCGAGCAGAAAUCCUUUCACAACUGCCUUCCAGAUAUAGUUGCGACAUCAUGGUUACGAGAUUCUUCUCCCACCUGUAUCCUGCAAUCUACAUCCUUCAUGGACCAACAUUUAACAAGCAGUACGAACACUUCUGGACUGACGAAAGUAAAACUUCAAUUGUGUGGGUUGCUCUUUUGUUUGCGAUCUUAAGGAUUGCUAUGCUCGAUUAUUUACGCGAAGGCGAUGAGCCUCUGGAGUAUAAGGGAAAGUGUCAAGACCUCGCCACCAGUUUCCGUAACCGUCUGACGGAUUGCUUGAUCCUUGCAGACUAUAUGCAACCCCAUGAUUUCCUGAUCGAAGCUUUAAUCUUACACCUCUAUGCAGAGUAUGUGUCAAGCAGGGAUGCGAAAUCCGGUGUCUGGGUCUUGAUUGGUAUGAUUACACGACUGGCGAUGAGGAUGGGUUACCAUCAACCGUCGCAGCCGGCUUUGACGUCAACCCCGUUUCAGGCUGAAAUGCGUCGUAGGGCUUGGGCGUUCAUCAGACAAGCCGAUAUCCUAUUGUCUUUCCAGAUGGGCUUGCCUUCUAUGGUGGGACUACGCUCACUUGAAUGUUCUCUUCCUCGGAACAUCCACGACGACGAGGGUUUUGACGAGGACUGCACCGUGCUACCUGCAGCGCUGCCUGAUUCCGAGCCCACCCAGAUUUCUUUCCUGAUUGCGAAAACCAAAUUGGCUUUUGGAUUUGCUCGUGCUCUUCAGGAGAUCAGCCGCGCCGACACAAUCCGAUGGGAAAGAGUUCUCGAGAUCGAUCGUGAACUAAGACGUCUCUACGACAGUGUCCCUGAUCAUUACAAGCUGAGUCAAUUGUCCAGCCGGGAUUCGCUCGUACUUACAUCCGCCCGUUUCGUUUUGUCGAGUAUUCACCACAAAUCUCUGUGCGUCGUCCACAGCCGAUUCCUCGAGAUCGCAAAAUCAGAUUAUCGAUAUUUAUACUCCAGGCGGGUUUGCCUGAGCUCAGCCAUGUCGCUACUACGCUUUCAGGCAAUUCAAAAUCAACAGAUUCCGGUCGAUGGCCGCUUACGCAGCUUAACCAAUUAUCAGACUUCGUUGGCGAUUCACGACUACCUUCUUGCUGCGACGAUAAUCAGUGCUGAUCUAUGCUCAAACACCUCCGCAGGUAAUUUUACGAACCCACCUUCCUCACAUGGCAUGCCAACCCGGGUUGAAAUGAUCAAGGCCUUGGGAAUUAGUGCCCGGAUAUUCAGCCAGAUGCGAGACUAUAGUAUGGAAGCUUACAAGGCUGCCGAUGUUCUGGAGAUGCUGGUGGGAAAGCUUGAGACAGAGGGUCAUACCGCCGGACGAAGUCCGAAGGAUCUCCAAUGUUUCCAAACGGGACAAUCAUGGCCAAAAGGAAAUGGCUUAAUAUCUAAUUCUGUUUCAUCGCAUCGACCGACAUUGCCUCGAACAUUUUCCAGGGCUUCCGACAAAACUUCCUCUGCGACCCUCGACGCGGAAGCGAACUUAGAGACCACCCUCCCGAGGCGCGGUCCUCCACGUGUUUCUCAGAGCGCGCAUACUGACGGAUCAACCCUAGAAAGACCAGGGCCAUUAGAAGGAACAAAUUUGGACGCCCUUUCGACUUGGCCCAAAACUCAAGAAAGCGGUUUCUGCGCUCAAUAUUCUCCUUUCUCACGGAUAUUCCCCGAAUCCGAGGCACCCGCAAGCUGGACAAUUCCAGAAUGUACGGAGACUCCCAGAGUAAGUUACCAAUCCAGUCUGCUCAGAGUUGCUAUGUCUGCUAAUGAGGCUGCCAAGCUAUCAAUAUUGGAGGAUGGCAGCUUGGGAAGCAACUCAUCAGGGACUGCAAACCCGCUAUCCUACUCCGCCGCAUUGGCACUGAAUGAUCCUGUGUCCGCUCUCUGGAAUCUGAAUUCGGGCACUCAAGGGGGUCUCCACAUGACUUGA